GGUUUCCAAAGUGCUGAUUUAAGAGAGAGAACACACUGUGUGCACACAGAGAAGAGAGAAAUCCUCCCGUUUCAGCAUGAAGACUUGUGGAGCUGCACUGAUGCUGCUGUUGUGCUGCUGUUUGGCUGAGCCGGAGGAGUCGCAGCUCAACAUCGCUGAUGAAGGCGGCCAUAGUGAAACUGCAGCCUCCACCCAGCAAACCUGCCUGCCUGACAUCCACGCUUCACUGAGGGAGAUGAGCACUCUGGUGGCGGAGCAGAGAGUGGAGCUCAGACACACCAAGACACAAAUGGAGGCCAUGGAGACCAGACUGAGAGCCAGUGAGAGUCUGGUGGAACGACUAAAGAGUGAAAAUAAAGCUCAGGCAGUGAAUCUGAACCUCACUGUGAGUCAGGUGGAGGAGCUGAGGAGGGAGAGAGAGGAGAGGAGGGUGUCUUUCUCUGCCUCACUGCUGGCAUCUGGUCGUGGAAAUACAGGACCCUUUUCAGUAGCAACUCCCCUGGUCUACAGACACAUCUACACUAAUGUUGGCAACGCCUACAACCCAAACACAGGUGUUUUCACAGCUCCAGUCAGAGGAGUCUACAGCUUUGUUUUGUUUGUAUUGGGUCAAGGUCAUGCUACACGUACAGGAGUGUCCCUUCAUAAAAAUGGAGAGCAUGUUGUCAUUGCCUGGAGUAAUCAGCCAAGUGGUUAUGAUAAAACAUCUAAUGGAGCCUCUCUGCUGCUGGAGGUGGGAGAUGUGGUCUAUGUGAAGUUGUGGCACAACGGUUGGGUGUAUGAUGAUCAAAACCAUCACACCACCUUCUCUGGCCACCUGCUCUUCCCCAUGUGA